GUACACACGGCGGAUCACUGCUAAUUCACACGCAAUAAGCGAGAAGAUGUCACACAGACGCACGCUGACAGAGGCCUGAACGGCUGAACCAAUGGAAGCACUGGCGGAGCUAGAGAGAGUCCAAACCCGAAUCCUCCAACGAAUAGCAGGCCUAGAACUCUCUCAUCUGCCCCAGCACUUCUCUCACUCCCUCUCUCUCUCCUCACCCACCGGAAACUUCAAAAACGCCGACGACUCGAAUUCCAUCACCGAAGCACGACUCUCCGCCAUCCUUCACGCCAAUGACGUCCGAGACUUCUUAUUCAAGCGAGUCCCCUCCGAUUACUACGAUUCGCCUUUCGAAGCCCGCCGUGACGUCCUUGGUGCCCAUUCCAUUGAUCACCUUUGCAAAAGCAUUGUCUUGGUGAAUACUCAAGCGAUGUCAACUGUGACUGAUUGUAGUGAGCGUAACAAUUCAAAGUAUUAUGUUGUUGUUGUUCAGUAUACUGCUCGAUUUAAUGCUGAGACAGUGAAGAGCUUUCUCUAUGCGCUCAACGAUGGCAAGAUACCAAAAAAGAAAUUCAACUUGAGGCUUGCUCCUGAGGAGACAUCAGUAAAGUUGACUGGUUAUGAGCACAAUGGGGUAACAUGCAUUGGCAUGAAAACAGAUAUUCCGGUGAUUUUGGACGAAGCAAUCGUAAAGCUUAAUCCUGACUUCUUCUGGUUGGGAGGUGGGGAAAUUGAUCUGAAAAUGGGGAUCAGAACCUCUGAAUUCAUUAACUUCGUAAAACCUUUCAUUGUCAACUGUAGUGGUAUUUGAUUGCUCCAGGUGGAAUGAUGAAUCAACUAUAGUAGACAGCACCAGACAAGACUGCCUGUUGAGACUAUGAUUUGCGCGGGGACAAGUCAGCCUGGUACUGCUAACAAAUGCUGAUAUGAUGCAUCUUUGCACCUGUUUGGCUUCCUGGUUUGGCUUUAGUAUUCUUUGGGCUGUGAAUUUUGCUUAUCCUUGUUAUUUUUCGUGGUAGCCGCUGAAUUGGCCGGAAUAAAGUGCCUGUGAUAGAUUGUCUCAUUUAUGGACAAGAAAUUACAAUUUAGAUCUUUAAUUGCUCUGUCUCAAUCGUUUCUGAUCUUUUGACUUGUGACCCAA